UCUCAAUCUGGGGCGGGAACGUCUUUACUCUUUCCUGUAACUUAAAGGCUGCACCGAUUUACAGUGCUUGAGAUUUUGGUGAUGAGUUCCCAGAAAGGCAACGUGACUCGGUCCCGGCCUCAGAAGCACCAGAAUACGUUCACCUUCAAAAAUGACAAGUUUGAUAAGAGUGUUCAGACCAAGAAAAUCAAUGCAAAACUUCAUGAUGGAGUAUGUCAGCGCUGCAAAGAAGUUCUUGAGUGGCGUGUAAAGUACAGCAAAUACAAGCCACUGUCAAAGCCUAAGAAGUGUGUUAAAUGUUUACAAAAGACAGUAAAGGACUCUUACCACAUAAUGUGUAGACCAUGUGCCUGUGAACUUGAAGUUUGUGCCAAAUGUGGAAAGAAAGAAGAGAUCGUUAUUCCGUUUAAUAAAGAACCAGACGCUCCAGAAAACACUGAAAAUGAAGGUUCUGGCCAUAGAAGGCGCUGCGGACGGAAGGAAGACAGUGAUGAGGACUUAGACGCUGAGUCUGACUCGGAUGGCGAGGAUGGAGACACUCAGGCCUGACAACACCAAGUCAAUUGCAGAGGGAGUCAGAAGAGGCUCAUGAGCAACAUUGGUUAUUUAUAACAUUUGAGUAACAGAAUCUUAAAGGUUUUCACAGUAACACUUAAGCUGUAUAUACAGAAUAUGUGUGGGCACACCAUGGCAUGUUGUAUAAAACCUAUAGAAAUUGUUUAGAAAAACAUUAUGUCAAAUUAUUCAGUGUUGAGAGUUGGUGACUGCAUCAGCACUAUCCAUGGAAAACUAAGAUGACUAGCUCAGCGUACAUGUCUGUAACCUGACCUCGGGUAUGUGACUCGUUAGCAAGAGCCCCCUUACAUCGCACAAAGCAAAACAGCUUAUUUUUAUACACACUACACACACGUACAAUCAUGUGUAAUGAUUUUCCUUCAAAAAUGUUUUUAUAUGCUUCAUUCCAUUUUUUUAACCUUCUCCUAGUUUGGAAAUAUACACUUAGAAAAAUGUGUAGACUGUAUAGUUACUGUCUAGAAAGGAAAACCCAACCUUCAUACUGGAGUGGAGAUACUUACAGUAUCAGAAGCUCCUGUGAAGUUCUCCCUCGAAAGGUUAUCCUUCCCAGAAUUCCAUCCUCCGGAAUUAUCACUUUAUUGCCAGUGUUUUCACCUGUAAACAGUGUAAGUUAGUGUCACGUGAUUAUUGAAGUCUGUGUCCUUGGGUUUAAAACCCUAGAGCCACAGAAUAGUGGCCAGGUGAUAUGAUGGGCUUUUCCACACUCUAGCUAGAGUCAUAAUUUCAAUGUUUUACUGUGUUUUCUGUGUGUCUUAAUCUCUACAAAUGUAUAUAUUACACACAUGUGCAUGUACAUAUGUGUGUGUAUAUUUGCUGAGCCAUUGAAAUAAAUGGGAAGCUGUGGUUUUGCAAAAAAAAAAAAAAAAAAAAAA